AUGGCGAAAUUGGAAGUCGUCUAUCUGAUGAACGUAGUGAAGUAUUUCGACAAGAUGGAUACGUUGCGAUUAUUUAUCAAAGUGAGCAAAGGAUGCAAAGACGCAGUCAUGCGGACUAAGAUCAACCCCGAGUAUGGGAUGACAACACUUUCAGUCGCGAUAUCAAAUUCGCGCACUAAAAACGCCAAGGCUGAACUGAAAGUUUUCGAAGGAAUCGAGACGUUUUAUGCAAGUUAUAUGACUAUCGAGGCUCUUGGUGCAGAGGUUCUGCAAAACAUUCCGCUGGUCUAUGUCCACAAAUUUGUGAUGCAAAACAGUGAAGAGGAUUACCGUGUGAUUAGUGAAAUAGUCGAGAAGAUCAGCCGUAUAGGCAUAGACACGUCAUACUAUUUUGACCCAGGAUUCGACAAGAUGAUUAAUUUGCGUGAGAUCUCAAUUCGGAUUGGGCAGAAUUAUAAGGCGGAUAUACUCUCGAGUUUAUUUAGUGCACUUCCCAAAUUGAAUUAUCUUCACAAAGUUGUCAUUCAAUGUGACUCAAAUUGCCUCAAGGAUGCAAUGAAUAGAGUUAAAGCACUUCAUGAAAAGACACAAGUCAUAUUCAUCAUCGAUUGGCUCCAUCAAGACGACGUUGAAGCGGUGAACGAAGUGGUUUGUGGCAGUUAUGGCACUGUUGGUAUUGUGAUGAUCAACUUCGACAAUUUCCAUGACUUCUUUGUGAAGAAAAACGUUGUUUUGAUUCCGUUCUGCCCUUACAAUUUCCAGGUCUCCUCGAAAAUGGUCUCAGACCCACGCUUCAAUGAGUUACUUCGAAUGUAUUUGCCGAUUCGUAUUGAGAUUCAGGGUGGUAUCAGACCGAGUGUGCCAUCUCCUGAAAGUAAAGUAGUUGAUUUGAGUGGAUGCAACUUUUUGUACGAACUCUUUUUGAACGAAGCAAGGUUUAACACACGAAUCACACUGAAGCUUCCAAAGUGCCUUUCGAGGAUGUUCAUCAACAACAUGGAGAGUAUUGAGUGUCUCGACGGUGUCGCGGAGACCAACCUCCCUCAAAGCAUCAAGGACCGUUUUGCUGAAAACAUUUUAAGACAAAACUGA